CCACAAUGACCACCGCCUUCUUUUCCAUCCUCCUAGUCCUAGUCCUAUCAGCCAUUUCUGUAGCUGCUUCCUCUCCCAACCGCAAUGGCAGUGACACAGACCUUGCCACUCUGCUGGCUUUCAAAGCCCAGCUCUCCGACCCUCUUGGUGUCCUUGCCGGCAACUGGACAACCAGCACAUCAUUCUGCCACUGGGUCGGCAUCAGAUGCAGCCGGCGGAGGCAGCGCGUCACCGCUCUGUCGCUGCCGGAUACACCUCUCUAUGGACCUAUCACACCUCACCUCGAGCAUUAAUGCUUCAGUACAUGCCCAAUGGCACUUUAGAUGCGCUCUUGCACUACUCUCAAAGCACAAGGCACUUGGGGUUAUUGGAUAGGAUAGGCAUAAUGCUUGACGUGGCUAUGGCAAUGGAGUAUCUGCACCAUGAGCACCACGAGGUGGUCUUGCACUGUGACUUGAAGCCAAGCAAUGUGUUGUUUGAUGAGGACAUGACCGCGCAUGUAGCAGACUUCGGCAUUGCAAGGUUGCUACUAGGUGAUGAAACCUCUGUGAUCUCUGCGACCAUGAAUGGGACAGUUGGGUACAUGGCACCAGAAUAUGGAUCGCUUGGAAAAGCAUCACGAAAGAGUGAUGUGUUCAGCUACGGCAUCAUACUCCUUGAAGUCUUCACUAGAAGGAGACCCACAGAUGCAAUUUUUGUUGGGAAUCUAACAUUGAGACAAUGGGUUUUUGAGACAUUCCCCGCUGACCUUGUUCAUGCUGUGGAUGGCGAUCUACUGCGAGGACCUUCUUCUAGCCGCCAUUUGGAAGUCUUUCUGGUGCCAAUAUUCGAGUUGGGUUUGCUCUGCUCCUGUGACUCUCCAGACCAAAGGAUAACGAUGACGGAUGUGGUCGUGAAGCUGAAGAAGAUCAAAGUGGAGUAUACCAAAUGGAGUGCAACCCAAUGAUUGAUCUUUUUCUUUUCUAUAUGUGGCUGUCUUUUUCUUCUUCAGUGCCGAGAACAACAUCAGCUGUUACACAGUACUUACCUAAUUAUGUUGUUAUAUGCCUCUUAUGAAAGACUUCUAUCCAUAAACCAAA